CUGAUAGUUUUGAAGGGCCAUAACUCUGUUAUUUUUUGACGAGCCAAAACACAGCUAUACCAAGCUCUCAGAACUCUCUCUCACUCUCUCGCUCUAAACUGUCUGAUCCUAAAACCCUAGUUUUUCGAUAUUCUAAGCCCUAGUUUUUGGUGGCCAUGGCUUGGUCACUUGCAGGGAUUCGCUCUCCUGCUACUUAUAUGGGAUCCAGGAUUACUGGCGAUAAGAAGGACAGGGCUUUUCCCGUUGUUCUGCAGAAGCCUUUCCUGAGGAAGAUCCUUGCUGGAAAUGGUUCAUCUCUUGAGGCAGAUUCAACCUGUAGAACACUUGCUAUGUCAGAGAAGGUGCUUGUUCCUGGUAUUCAGAGUGAUAAUGAGGCAUCCUCCAAUGAUCAGUUGGAAUUAUCUGAGGCCACAUCUGAUGAAGAAGAGAUGAUUGAGGAAGAUGAGCCCAAACAAAUGGGAACUAUAAUUGAGGCUCUGCCAAGAACCAUACCUCCGCCUGGUACAGGUCAAAGGAUAUAUGAAAUAGACCCUCUUCUAGAAGGGUUCCGUGGACACCUAGAUUACCGGUAUCGGCAGUACAAGAAUUUGCGUCUUUUGAUUGAUCAAAAUGAAGGUGGUUUAGAUGCAUUUUCUCGGGGGUAUGAAAAGUUUGGGUUCAACCGCAGUGAAAGUGGUAUAACUUACAGAGAGUGGGCUCCAGGAGCAAAGUCAGCAUCACUGAUAGGAGAUUUUAACAAUUGGAAUCCUAAUGCAGAUGUUAUGACCCGGAAUGAGUUCGGGGUAUGGGAGAUUUUCUUGCCAAACAAUGCAGAUGGCUCACUGUCAAUUCCCCAUGGUUCUCGAGUUAAGAUUCGGAUGGACACACCAAUGGGCAUCAAAGAUUCUAUUCCAGCUUGGAUUAAGUAUUCAGUUCAGGCCCCUGGAGAAAUCCCGUACAAUGGCAUAUACUAUGAUCCGCCUCUUGAGGAAAAAUAUGAGUUCAAACAUCCUCAGCCCAAAAGGCCAAAAUCAUUGCGUAUUUAUGAGGCACAUGUUGGAAUGAGUAGUAUAGAGCCUAAGAUCAACACGUAUGCUGGUUUCAGGGAUGAUGUGCUCCCACGUGUCAAAAGACUGGGCUACAAUGCUAUUCAGCUUAUGGCAAUUCAGGAGCAUUCCUACUAUGCAAGCUUUGGGUAUCAUGUGACCAACUUUUUUGGUAUUAGUAGCCGUUGUGGAACUCCAGAUGAUCUCAAGUCUCUGAUUGAUAGAGCCCAUGAACUUGGUCUGGUUGUUCUCAUGGAUAUUGUGCACAGCCAUGCUUCCAACAAUGUGUUGGAUGGAUUGAAUAUGUUUGAUGGAACAGACUCUCACUAUUUCCAUUCUGGAGAUCGUGGUUACCACUGGAUGUGGGACUCACGCCUUUUUAACUACGGAAGUUGGGAGGUGCUAAGAUUUCUUCUUUCAAAUGCAAGGUGGUGGCUUGAUGAAUAUAAGUUUGAUGGGUUUAGAUUUGAUGGAGUCACCUCUAUGAUGUAUACCCAUCACGGUUUACAGGUUGCAUUUACAGGAAAUUAUAAUGAAUAUUUUGGAUUGGCAACUGAUGUGGAUGCAAUUGUGUAUAUGAUGUUGGCCAAUGAUAUGAUUCAUGGGCUCUACCCCGAGGCUAUUACUGUAGGAGAAGAUGUUAGUGGAAUGCCAACUUUCUGUAUACCUGUUCAAGAUGGUGGGGUUGGUUUCGAUUAUCGUCUUCACAUGGCCAUAGCUGAUAAAUGGAUUGAACUUCUCUCAAAGUAUAGUGAUGAGUAUUGGAAAAUGGGUGACAUGGUGCACACACUUACGAAUAGAAGGUGGCUGGAGAAAUGUGUUGCUUAUGCUGAAAGCCAUGAUCAAGCUCUUGUUGGUGAUAAGACUUUGGCAUUUUGGCUCAUGGAUAAGGACAUGUAUGAUUUUAUGGCAUUGGAUAGACCAUCAACUCAAUUAAUAGACCGUGGAAUAGCAUUGCACAAAAUGAUCAGACUGAUCACAAUGGGGUUAGGUGGUGAAGGGUAUCUUAAUUUCAUGGGAAACGAAUUUGGUCAUCCAGAGUGGAUAGACUUUCCGAGGGGUGACCAGAUGCUUCCAAAUGGACGUGUAAUCCCAGGGAAUAAAAAUAGCUUUGAUAAAUGCAGGCGUAGAUUUGAUCUGGGAGAUGCAGAUUAUCUUAGGUAUCGAGGAAUGCAAGAGUUUGAUCAGGCAAUGCAGCAUCUUGAGGAGGCAUAUGAUUUCAUGACUUCAGAUCAUCAAUAUGUCUCAAGGAAAGAUGAAGGGGAUAAAGUCAUUGUUUUCGAGAGAGGAGACCUGGUUUUUGUUUUCAAUUUCCACUGGAACAGUUAUACUGAUUACCGGGUCGGUUGCCGCACUUCUGGAACGUACAAGGUUCUUUUAGAUUCGGAUGAGAAACGUUUUGGUGGUUACGAGAGAAUUGAUCACGGAGCAAAGUCCUUUUCAAAUGAAGGGUGGUAUGAUGGCCGCCCCCAUUCAAUCCUGGUAUAUGCCCCCUGUCGAACAGCAGUUGUCUACGGUUUAGCAGAGGAUCAAAACAGAAUAACAGAAUGAUCUUGUUUUCUUAAAUAUGGCAUGGCCUUGUUCUGCAAAAACUAUGAUUCUGGGAUUCCCAUCCUUCAGAUUCAGGUUCUCUACCUUUGUAAAUUUUGAGAUAUUUGGACAAUGAGCUUUCAGGAGCACAUGGGUUUGGUGGUAAACUGAGCAUCAUCUGGAUACUGGGUUCAUGUUUUUCCCUGUAAAUCUCUCUUUCCUCCUUUCACUCUCACUCUCUCUCUCUCUCUCUCUCUCUCUCUCUCUCCCCAUUGUUAGCGAACUCCUUUUAAUUUCAUCUUAGAGCUGAUGUAUAUAUCUUUUAGGAAUUUAUUGCAUCAAAAAAUUCAAAUGUAGUAUUUUACUUGAAUAAUGAGGGUGUAAUACUCCCAUAUCUGUAAGGCCAUGUGAAUGACCUGGAUCAUUCUUUUACA